GGUAAUCGCGCUUCUCGCGGCGCAAAGCGCAAACCUGACUUAACCAGACCGUGCCUUUCUGGCGCUCCUGCGCCGGCUUCCCCAAUCGUGCACCCGCUCCGUGUGAGCCCGGCCGAAAGUGAGGGCUCUUUCCCUCUUCCACCCUCUUUCUCCUCAUCUCCCUCUGCCGCAUCAGCCCCUUCUCUUCCGCAUCCUCUGCUCAAGGGUUGGCCCUUGCCGCGACAUCGCUCUGCGGGUGACCGUGGGCAGGAGUCGGGAGGCGUGCGCAGCUGGCUCGCCCCGUGGCAGCAAGGCCGGGCCUCUCAUGGGCAGCACCGAGCGUGGGGGGACACCCGAGCGUCCAGAAGAGUACGCCAAUUGGGUUCUCGACAGUCGGGUUGGCACAGGGAGAUUCCAGUUCGUUUACAUCGCCCUGCUGGGGCUCGCGUACGGGCUUCCCAGCGCCCACACAUACGCGGACAUCUUUGUGCGAAUGAGCGGGGACAAGUAUUUGCCACCAUGGAGUUGGCACCACGACUGCGGGCCUGAUAUUGCCAGAUGCCCCGUGCUGUCCGCGCCCCAGAACUGCAGCGUGCCCCUCGCAGAGUGGGUGCCGGAUGCCAGCGGCAGGUCAAUCAUUGCAGACUUCAAGUUGGUUUGCGCACGCGACCAUUUAGUGCCGUUGCUAGGGUCCAUCUAUUUCUUUGGCUUUGGAGUUGGCUUGAUCGUAUGCGGGGGGGUCUCGGACGCGAGGGGCCGCAAGGCAGGAUAUCUUUUCUCAGUGGGCACUUUGGCUGUAGGCGGGCUCCUGGCAGCAAACGCGUGGAGCUGGGCUGUGUACGCGAUCGCAAGAGCGAUUCUGGGCUUCGGCGUCGCUGGAGCUGGGAACACAACAUUCGUGUGGAUGACCGAGUACUGUAAUCCCAGACUGCGCCCCGUCCUGGCGUGGGUCCCGAAUGUGUGCUUCGCUCUGUCCCAAUUGCUGCCGUCGGUAGUGGGCUGGGCCAUCUACGGCUGGCGGGAUGUCCUGCUCGUGGUUGCCCUCAUCGCCGCGUCGGGGCUCCUCUACGCGCCCUGCCUCUACGAGUCUCCGAGGUGGCUUGCUCUGCAAGGCCGUGGGCAGGAGGCGUACAGGAUAGCGAGGGAGAUGGCGGCGGCCAAUCGCGUCCCGCCGCCGCCUCCCCCCCCCGAGGCCUGCGCAGCCUCCCGGGCGGGGGAGCCCGCCCACGGGGCGGGCGCACCCGAGCUCGGCCUCGAGGCGGUCUGCGCUCACCUGUGGGGCCCGAGGCUCCGCACGCGCUUCCUGCUCGUGUGCCUGAGCUGGCUCAGCAUCUCCUUCGCCUUCUACGGCCUGGGGCUCUUCGCCCCCAACCUGCCCUUCAACGCCUACGCCGCCAACGCGAUCAACGCCCUGGUGUCCGUGCCCUUCCUGUUGGCCGGGCAGCCUCUGAUCGGGUCCACGCGGUGCGGCCGCAAGGGCGCGGUCACUGGGGGCUUCGUGCUGGGCGGGGCUGGCCUUCUGGGCAGCACCCUCAUCAAAAACACCAUCGUGUCCAUGGUGGUCUACUAUGCAGCCAACGGGUUCCUCUGCUUGGCGUUUGCCGUCAUCUACGUAUGGAGUUCUGAGCUGUUCCCCACGUGCGUCAGGGGGCGGGUCAUGGGCUACGCGUCCUUGGCCGGGCGAUUCGGCGCCAUCUUGGCACCCUUCGUCGUUGACAUAGGCGCGACGAGGCCAGCCCUGGCUAUCGCUAUCUUCGCAGCGCCAUGUCUUGCGACCGGUGUGCUGGACCUCCUGUUACCCGAGACGCGCGGCAGGAGGUUGCCCGACACAUUCGAGGACAUGCAUCACGGGGAGUGCGAGCGGUCGAGCGAAGUGUUGAUGGCGGGCCAGUCUUCGUCCCAGAAUUCUGGCCGCAACACUGGCACGGUCUGACUCGAGCCUCGCCUGUGCGUCGGAGUGCGCGGUUCCUUCGACGCCGCAGGAAAGCGAUGCAGCUGCAUGUCGUUUGUGAAUGAGGCUCGGUUCGGUUUUCUGGAUGUUCUUCCAAGUCGCACCGAGGGUGCCCAGGCCGAUUGCUCGCUUGAUUUCGACACGUCUGCUCCGGCUGAUCUGGGCCUCCCCCGAGUUGUGACUUGGGCGCCCACUUCUUCGCGAAAUCCGCGGCUACCUCGAAGCCGUGUCACAGCUGGCUUCCAAGUAUCCUCAAUAGCACAUUUGGGUUGGCGCACGUGGCCCACCUGCUCGACUCAUCCUCUUUUGGUCGCUCGCCGUCGCUGGCGUGAUCCGCCCGUCAGGAUCCGCCCGCCCCAACGACCCGCCUAUUCGGGCCUGCCCCCCUUGUGCUUCCAUGCCCGCCCACCCGUUUUGACUUCCUCCCAGCCCGGAACGCCCGUUCGGGUCCGCCCGCCCGACCCGCCCGUUAGGGCCUGCUCGCUCGUGUGCAUGCAAGCCCGCCUGCCCGCUUUCAUGCCCCGCCCGCC